AGGGGGCGCGGCGGGCGGGGCCGCGGGGCCGGGGCGCCAUGGGCAACCUGUUCGGCCGCAAGAAGCAGAGCCGGGUCACCGAGCAAGACAAGGCCGUCCUGCAACUGAAGCAACAGCGGGACAAGCUGAAGCAGUACCAGAAGAGAGUCACCCAGCAGCUGGAGCGGGAGCGCGAGAUCGCCAGGCAGCUCCUGCGGGACGGGAAGAAGGAACGGGCCAAGCUGCUGCUCAAGAAGAAGCGGUACCGGGAGCAGCUUCUGGACAAGACAGAAAACCAAAUCACCAGCCUGGAAACGAUGGUCCAGAGUAUUGAGUUCACCCAGAUUGAAAUGAAGGUGGUCGAAGGGCUGCAGAUUGGAAAUGAGUGUCUGAAAAAGAUGCAUCAGGUGAUGUCCAUAGAAGAAGUGGAGCGGAUACUGGAGGAGACCCAGGAGGCCGUGGAGUACCAGCGGCAAAUAGAUGAGCUAUUGGCAGGAAGCUUCACUCAGGAAGAUGAAGAUGCCAUCCUGGAGGAGCUGAAUGCAAUCACUCAGGAGCAGAUAGAGCUCCCAGAGGUCCCUUCAGAGCCGCUUCCCGAAAGGAAACCAGAGCAAGUCCCCCGCGAGGCCAGGCCCAAGCAGGUGGAACUGGUGGCAGCCUCAUAACUUGGCCUCCUCUUCCAGGACUGGCGGGGACUCCCCAGAGACUGGGGCCCACAGAGUUUGGGUGCGUGGCCAGCCCUGGCCCGGCUCCCAGGAGGCCGGCGCCAGGCCAGGCCGGUCAGGUGCUGACAGAGCAGCGUGGCGCACACAGGGCUCCAUCCCAGGGUGACUGCGGAGGGGCGCUUCCCUGGCGCUGCUGUCUUGCUCUCAUUUCUGGAUUAAAUGGCAACAUUCAGACCCUCCGGCCACACACGGCCUCUGACGCUGUGGCUCCCACGCGGCCACAGGCAGACCCAGUGCUCCUGGUGCUGGCCACACUCCUGUCCCCGGCCCCGCGAGGCUCCACGGCCGCCUUCUCCGCAGCUUGCUCUCUUCUUUCGAGGGCGUGUCGAACCCAGCUUCCUUGCCCGCCCUUUGCUCACUUCUUGCUGCUGCCGUCGGCUGGCGGCUUCCGUAAGGGAGUCCCUGCCAUGGCCUGGCUUCCUGACCUGCCCAGUCUCCUUGUCACUUCAGGGCUGGAAACCAGCCCUCCUCUGUGUCGGUGUUUGGGGGUGUUGGGCCGGUGAGGAGGGGGACCACCCCUGCUGGCUUGGUGGCUGCGGAGCCCCGACCAGCCCUCGUCACCAGCGGGAGCUCGGCCCCACUGCAAAGGGACGUUCCUGGAGAGCCGGCGGUCUCCCAGGGCUUCCCGGAGGUGCUGACGGGCCUGCUCGGGUUGGUGCAGCCCCCGUUGCCUGGGAAGCUGCUGGGCACCCAGGGCUCUCCGACCGGGCGGACGCUGUGGGGGGUGAUCGCGGCUCUCUAGCUGACAGUUUAUCUUGGUAUUAGACAAUCCCGAUGAUAUCUCUCUCCCAACAAGAACAGAAAGGGGAUCCUCCCAGCCCCCCAACAGGUCAGCCCCAUAUUAAAGUUGAU